UGAAUAGUCGGGGAGAGUUUUCGUGACGAGAGCCAUCUUGACGAGCAUCGGCUUGCUCAUGAUAGACAGAGGACGAGUCUGUGGCGGCGGCGGCAGCGGCGAUGGAAUCGUUUCUAAAUGUUCCCGUGAAUUCUGAACGCUCGUGUUGUCAGCAAUUAGUAUAAUCGUUUAUAUCGUACAUAUCUUUCACAGUGAACUGGUUACUAUUUCAAGAACAAAUUUAUUUAAAAGAAGCUUGUGGAUAGAAACUUAAAUACAUUAUUGAACAAAAUGGAGGGUGGCGAUGGCCCUUCGGCCAUUAGUAGUAAUCCUACUGUUAUUAAAGCUGCACAAGAAGAGAUGGGAAGAUUAGAUGUUCUUGUGUGUGGACAGUGCCAUUCAGUUUUCCAUUUUAUUGAAGAAUUCCAAGAGCAUCGUACAAAAGAAGGCGCUUGCACCCAAGUUUCUCAUUUUCGUGAAAAUAGUAAUAAUGAGCAAAAAGCACAAGUAUGGGCUUUCCUUUUGUGGAAAGAUUCACAAAUCCAACAGGAAAGUUCAGAUAGAGAUUCAACAAACUCAUGGAAACUGUAUCAAAAAUGGUGCAAAAUGGAUACACACAUAAGAGAUUCCUGGAUUGCAGCUGGAAAAACUAUACAAACGUUUACAAAAAUUAGUAAUGCAAAAAUGCAGGAUGUACCAAGGCAAAAUCAAAUAACCACUAAUGCAGAAGGAAAACCGAUUGUAGUCCGUAAAGUAAUUAGAAACGGACAACCGGAAGAUGAUGGUAAAAAAGAUAAUAAAACAUCGGAAACAAAGAAUCAAAAAAGUAAUGAAUCUUUCGAGGAAGUAGAAAAGAAAGAAAAACCAAAAUUGAGACCGACAAUAAAACUCAAGACCAAAUCAAAUAAAGCUGGUGAUGACGACUCAAGCGAUGAAGAGUACGUAGUAGAAAAAAUCUUAGCGAAACGGUUUAACCCGAAAAAAAGAUGUUCGGAAUAUCUAUUAAAAUGGGAAGGUUUUGGACAUGAACAUAAUAGAUGGGAGCCUGCUGAGCAUGUAGCUACGUGUAAACAUUUAUUAGAAGAAUUUGAAAGAAAUCUUGCUAAAAAAAAAGAAUUGAAAGCAGCUCAACAGCAGGCUACUGCUAAGACAGCAGGUCGAGGUGCCCAUCCUGCACAAAAAACAAUUCUAAAAGCUGAAGCUAAACCUGGACCAAGUACCGCAGGUCAAGUAGGACGACCUAUGCGAUCAAGUAAAUCAAAAGCAAUGGAUCAAGUGAAGCAGUGGUGCGGUUCUAUGAAAGACGAAGACAAUGACCUAUUAGGGAAAAGAAAGAUGGAUUAUUCCGAGAGUGAUUCCGAGGAUGGUGGUAGCAGCGCUGCUAAACGGACUAAAGGCGACACAGGUAGUGACGACGACUGGACUGGAGAGUCUGAAGAAGAAAAAUUGUUGGGUCGAAGUGAUAUGAUUCAACGCGCAUUUAAUCGUGCCAAUGCGCAAUCAAACGGGUCUAACAGAGCAAGUGGUUCGUCUACAGAUCUUGCGACUUCAUUGGGACUUCAAUCUCCCGAAGGAGCAAAAUCUAACCAACCACCAGUCUUAGUUGCGAAUGCCAAAGGAGUUGUUAAAGUUGACCCGAAGCAAAUGCCAAAUUUAACAUCCGGCGUUUACGUAAUGUCACGGAAAGAUGGCAUCAUCAAGUUGGACUCGUCCCCUAGCGGAAAAUUGGCUGUAAAAGGUUCACCAACCACACAAGGUGUUUUGAUGGUUCAAAAUCGAGAUAAUACUAACGUAGUAAGGAAGCAAGUAAUAUCCGCAUCGCAAUCGAAUUCUGUAACACCGGUAAAAGUGGUUUCUAAAAUGGAUGGAAGUCAAGUAGUAACGCAGAUGAAAGUAGUUUCUAAGCCUGUUACGAGUAAAGCAGGAGGUACACAGAAAACAGAACCUAUAAAGAUCCAGCCGAAACCAGAUCCGACACAGUUACCGCAGAUACAUGUCGUGACCGCGGUGCCGGCUCCCAUAACUUUGCAGCCAAGAAUAAGUACAGGAAUACGUCCUGGACCUGUUACAGGCCAACGCAGUGCGGACGGUCGACCUUUGUUACCCAGACCUCCACUGCGUGCGACGACACCAACUAGCGUACUUGGAAUUGGGUCAACCAUUCGCACACCUGUUAGGGCGCCAGCCCCGAAACAAGUUCAGUCCCAGCAAACACGCCAGGUACUACAAAAACGUACGACGGCUGUAACUACGCAAAGUAACUCGGUGAGUCCUGGAAAUGUUACUCAAGUUAGACCAAAGUUUACGGUGCUUAGCCCACAGCCGAAGCAAGUGGUAAAGUCUGGAACUAGCCCUGUGCAACAGGCUAAACAGUCUCCGAAAACAGUAGUUGGUAAGCCACAGUCAUUAUUAUCACCGCAGCAAAAGUUAUUAAUGGCAAAAAGGAAAGCUCAAGAAGCAGCGGGUAUCGUUAAACCAGGUGGUCGCGGCCUUCUAGCAGCUGCUCGUGUUACCGCCGGUCGAGGCAGAGGGAAAUUGGCUGAAACACCAGCGACGGCCACUCCAGGAAACAAACUGAAAGAAAGUAAAUUGGCGGAAGGUGAUGGACUUCAUAUGGAGUUCCACGAGGUAGGCUCCGAAGAGAGUAGCAGCGAUGUUGAACCGGAACUUCCACCUCCUGAAGCUGAUACCAUUGCCACUACGGAGCCUGAUAGUCCACCUAGGCCGUUUACUCUUUGUCCAUUGACAGGCCGUAUCAUUGGACCGGAUGGUGAACCCGUCGAACAACCGGCUGAACCAGAACCUGAACUUGAAUCUACGGGAACUCCGUUGUCCACCAUUAAAACCACUACAACUACAUCAGAGAGUAUAGACGUCUCCGCUACAACCACCACUACAGAAUUGGUUCUACCUUCUCUUGAUUCUCUUACAGAGGGUGGUGGAAUAAUGAGAGUCGAAAUGAGUCCCGGUGGAACGACAGGAACGAUCGUUCAGACUAGCGAGCCAGCGCAAAUCAAUUUGACGAAUGUAUCUGUUCCUGCACCAGAUCUUCCUUGUUUGGAUGAUACAGCUCCUGCCGUGGCCACACCAGCCACAACCACGACAACAUCGUUAGCAGAAGCGACACCAACUAGUGAAUCCUCUAUUGCAGCAGGAUUAACCACAGCCACUGUUACCUCGACUAACACAAUAGCAAUCGCGUCUACCGAUGUAAAAACUGAAGAAAAAAUACCGGAAGAGAGGAAGGUAACCGAAGAUUCAUCAAAUUUGGUAACAAUAACUGGAGAGGAUGGUGUUGUUUAUCAAGUGGCUGGUCAAGCUGAGGAUGGUCAGACAUUAUUGGUAACUCGAGAUGCCGAUGGCGAGCAACAAUGUGUAUAUGUUACCACAGAGCAACAAGGAGAUGAAGGCUCUGUUUUAACGUUAGAUCACGCUGUGGCGGAAGCUGUAGCUCAAUUAAUACCUGAUCAAGUAAAUCUGGCUUCGCAGUUCUAUGUAAAAGAAGGUGGUACAGAACCUACUGAAAAUCCAAUGGUAAUGUCUAUCAUGGACAACACGAAUACGGCGGAUGUGACGGAGGGACAAGAAGAUGGUGAUGGCCAUGGCCAAGUUGUAGCUCAAGUCGUACAAGCGGAAGAACCUACUCCAGGUGGAACCAGAAGAGUAGUCUUACUCUUACCUGACGGAAAUCUAAUGAUGACAGAAGUAACGGAAGAGCAGUAUGCUGCGCUCGGACUCGGCAAGUGAAGAGACACUUAACAUUAAUAAACGAAAUAAAUGCGAAAUGAAUAAACGAUUAUGCAUCGAACUAUACAAUUUACAAUGGAAGUUGUACGCUUAAGGGAUGAUCGUGGGUUGUAUAUAUGUAAGAACAUUUACUUCGUACAAUUGCAAUGAAAUUAUUCACAAUUUUUCCAGCUGAAAACAGAUACAAUGUGAAAAAAAAAGAACAGAAAAAACAUAUGGCUGGUAUAUUGUAAAAAGAAGAAAAAGGAAAAAUAAUAACAGGAUCAUAAUUACACAGAAAUCUAGAAUAAUAGAUUAAUGGAUAAAUAAUUAUGUUUUAGAAAUUCAUGUUUCAGUGUCCCAAAUCCGCUGGAAUCUUAAUUUUUAUUCGUUUAAUUUAUAAAUGUGAAGAGAGAGCGAGAGAGAGAGAGAGAGCGAAAGAGAGUAAAUGCGAAAGGAAAACAUAUUGCAUCUUUGAGGAAAAUCCAUUACACGUUUGAACUAAACAUUGUAUUUGUAGGAUAGUGAAGUAUAAUCUGGGGUUUUAUAUUUUCCACACAAUAAUAGGCUUUUAAUAAAGACCUUUAUUCCCUCGCAUACAAAGUCCAAAUUUAUAUAGCACGUUAUAUUUGGUCAGGUUUUAGAGAAAAGUCGCGAGGAAUUUAUUGGUAAUUAUCAAAAGAUGAAUCGGCAUUUCAAAAUGUAAAUAUAUAGUUAAAAAAGGGAAAAAAGGGAAAAAAGGUAAAACAAGAGAAAAGAAUCGAAUAUUUCGACUACUUCUAUCGCGAUGAUUUUUUAUAUAAAACUUGAACCUAGUUUCACUCUGUGCUAAUACAUAUACCUUUCUUCACCACAGGAUCCAUAUAAAUUAUAAUUUAAUACUCUUUGAUUUUUAAAAUCGUACUAUUCUAACACGAAUAUUCGUAAUAAUAUUUAAAUUUGUGCAUUGUAAAUUAUUUACACGAGCGCAAAAAUUCAUUUCUUUUCUUUUUUUUUGCGUUUCAAGGACUGUGUAUGCUUACUCCUAAUAGAUUAAAAUAAGUGCACUCUUAUAAAAGGAAAUAAACACAUAAUUUUUAAAUCUAUAAGGCUUUUAAAACAAAAGAGAGAAGAUGAAAGAAGGACAGAAAAAUACAGUGUUGUUUAAUGCAAUAUCAUGCGCGUCUCAUUAUUAUCAAGCUCCCAUUCCUUUUCAGGUUGCUCGAUACAUAAUUACACACGUACAAUUAAUGUCCAAGAUAUCUGUUGAGUAAUUACGAUGCUUUUCGAAACACGCUAAUCGCUUUUUGCGCUAUAGUGCUUUUGACGACAAGAACGAAAGUGUACCAAUUUUUUAUAUGUUAAGACGAUGAAUUAAUACUUGUGUGAACGAUGGUGGAGGUCUCGUUGAACGUAUUAUAGAAAUAGGCAACGUUGAGAAUCUGUGAGAUCUCUCUCGCUUGUUUAUUUAAUAGACUGUACAAAGCGUAAUCUAUAAUGUCAUAUAUGUAACAGAGAAGGAGAAACAAUGAAAAAUACGUGCAUAUAAUGUUUAUGCGUAUUAAAAUAAUUAUACAUAUGUAUGUGUAUGUAUAUGGGUUUAGAAAGCAAAGAAAGAUACAUGAAUUCUUUGUAUUUACGAAAUACAAUUUACGAUAAAUAUAAAUAAGUGUACCUUAUUGUGAUUGUAUCGCAAUUAUGUCAAACGAAAUCAGACGUUUUUUCGUCAACGUAAAUAAUAAUUAAUUAUAAUAGUGUUAAACUAGAUUCAAGCGUUUAAUUAUAAGCAGUCUGCUCUUGCAAUAAAAUAAAAAGAGGAAGAACUGCACGUAAUGAGACCGAUUUUUAAUUAUAUCUCGGUAUAAGAAGAAACUAUUUUGCACGAUGUACGGCCAGGAAUAUAAAAUCCUAGUAUUUUACUAACGUACUCCUUUUGUACAUAGAUCUUCAUUCUCUAAACCUUUAUAUAAAAAAUUGUUUCCAAAUAAACCAUAGUGUCAAAAUUAA